AUGCCCAGACGUCCUGCGGAGAUCCCGCCAGACGAUGAGUGGUCACAGGAGGCAGCCAAGACCUUUUGGUGGGGCAAUUGGAGGGACCCAAGCAACUGUUUGUUCCCCUGGCUUUAUGCAGAUGGGCAGCCCCGUCCAAAUUAUCCAAUGAAGGAUGAUUGGGGAGUGCAACCAUUUCCUGUUGAUUAUGAUUCCGAGUGGGCGCGGGGACGCCCGCAAUGGGAGGUAUAUUUGGAUGCCUAUGACGCUUGGAAUCGAGAGACUUGCCGGUUGAUCGAGGUGUACAAGCGCAAGGUGGAAGAGCUCGACUAUGAAGAAAGUGUCGAGGUCUACGAAGGAAAGUUCCCCGAUGUGCCUGAAUACCCUGAGGUGCACGCCAGCGUGCUUAUCGCAGCUGCAGAACCGGAUGUUGUCGCUCUUGCGGAUGCCUUGGAAGAUCCAGACAGCGAUCCCAAUUGCAAGGACUGCGGACUAUGGACACCUUUGAUGUAUGCAGCAAUGGCUGGCAGUCUUGAGUGCGUUGAGUAUCUUGUGGACAACGGUGCCGACCUUGAUGCACGCAACAACCUUCAGGACACGGCCUAUGACAUUGCCAUACAGGCAUUUGCCAAGAAGCAGUCUGACCAUCCAGUGUUGCGCUUCCUUUGCCAGGCAGGUGCGCCACGAGGAGCCGGCUGGAGGGCAAGACUGCUGGCAUGA